CUGAUCUAGAAGAGGUACCUCUAGAUCAAGAGGACUGGAUAAUCUGGUAUUCCAGUGGUUGGUAUACGAGGAUCCUCUAGCUAGCAGAGAUGAUAGAGCCUGCAGCGGAGGAAUCAAGCGACGAUCAGUUAGACAAAGUCACUUGUCCUUACUGUCACAGCAGCUUGAACCAAUAUGGUCAUUCCACCAACACUUUGUCAGAUACUGAAAAAGUUACAAUCCAACUUACUGCAGCUGAUGUCAUUCAAAAGCACUGGGUGAUUCUUAAAGAACGGUUGUCACCUUCUUUUGUUGUCGACGUACUGUACAAUGGCAAGUUAAUAUCAAUGGUCGAUGUCGAAGAAAUUUACUACAGCAACAAUCGACGACGAUCUGCACAUUUGUUGCUAGACACGAUUUCUCGAUCUUCAUUGCAAACAUGUCUUGCCUUUGCUACUAUUCUAGUAAAGGAUGUGAAUGAAACAUUAAAGCAAGUCGGUGAUGCGAUUGUUGAAGAGAUAACUGCUGCCAGUCCAGAUACGACUGUGCCAAAAGAAAUGUUGGACUGUUUGUCAGAUGCGUCGUCUGUUCAAAGCAGACAUCGAAUGUUCGGCUGUUUGCCGAGUAGAUGCAACAUUGUGUAGCAACUGUGUAAAGCACAGGUUACUUACGUUAGUUGAUGUCAUUGGGUAGCGUCUAUAAAACU